AUGUCGAACAUCGAGCAAUCCUGCGGCAAGGCGCAGGCCGAGGGCGAGUGCCAGGCGCGGCGCGCGGCGCAGUGCGUCAAGGACGCCGGCGGCGCCACCGCCUGCGCCGUGUCCAACACCGCCUGCGCUGCGGCCGACAGCGCGCAGCUGCAGGAGCACCGCGCCGCCGGCGCCGUUCAGCAGAGUAACUGCGUGACCGUGCUUGCUAACACCGUCCGUGCGCGUGCCAAGGCUGCUGAGCAGGUGGCGCAGACGGCCCAGGGCGCGGUGGCGGCUGCCCAGAGCGCGGCGGCAGCUGUCAAGGACACGGCGGCGGGCGCAGCGGCGGCCGUCAAGGACACGGUGUCUGGCGGCCACUGA